AUGAUGUGCUCGACACCUCCCAAGAAGCAUAAGCUCUCAUCGGGCAUUUUGUCUCAGCAUUACGACGAAGCCUUCUCAUCAUUAUCACCGUCAUCUACUUCGUCAUCCAUGGAUGUUGACGGUCCCAAGACACAUCAAUAUCCCCACUACGGACUGAGGAGUUCGAGUGGUCAAGCUUCCGGCAGUGUAAAUGCCAUGAAUAUUGGCACCGGAAUCAGUUCUGCCAGUGCAGCAUCUCCAUCAUCGACGCAUUCUCAAUCCUGGAGAGUCCGUCGGUCGUCGUUUUUAAGCGAGAAAAUGAUGCACGAAGACCACAACAGCUACGAAGUAGGCAUCGCCGAAGACGGGUCUACCCGAUACAAUCUCAGCGUCAAAGAGUCACAAGGGUUCCAAUGGAAUCCCGACCUGUUUGUAUCUAAAUACCACCAGAGCGAGUUCUACCGCUACUCCUCAUCCAGCGGAUACAGCCACAUCGGAACCAGUUCCAGUGCGAGCACCUCGGCCGGCUCGUCCAGCACCGACCCCUUCAACGACCGCUCGCGACCCGCAGUCCAAGACAUAGUCAUCGACGCCGAGGAGGACAUCUUCCCCAGCGACUACUGA